AUGAGCAGCUCAAUCGCACAUAUGUCUGACGACGAUAUGGUCGCUGACGACGGUUUGGUCGCUGACGGCGGUUUGGACUCAGACGAUGGUCGGGGAAGCAGCAGCACUUCUGCCGGCAAUAAUGCCGACUGCACGUAUGGUGGUAGUGCUGCCACAACAGUGGUAACUGGAGAGUUGCGGCCCCGGGCCGCCGCGGAUGCCCGCCUGGCAGGGGCUGCGAUUGGCAGCUCGUACUCCAAGAGUCAGAUCACUGCCCCACGGACGGAGGUGCCUGUUUCGACGACGUUCGACGAUGCACAGCAGGCCGCCAUGAUGGAGCUUCGAGUGGACGAGCAGGCGGACUCCGCGGUCCGGGAGGCGAUGAUAUACUUUAGACCUCAGCACUUACCGCCCCCAUCUAGCGGAUUCAGGAACAAGGUUGAGGUCGAUACCAGUGGCAUGUUCCAUCUAGUGAGUAGUUUUGAGGAGUAA